AUGCCAAACUCUUCCUCUUUCAGGAUGGUGCGAAGGGCCGCAGCGCUUACUUCCCAACUGCGGCUUGGACUACGAAUGGCUUCCACUUUGAAAGCUACGACAGAAAUUCCUCGAGGAAGACCAGGCAUCAUAUUGCCAGUACCUCACGUCGCACUCCAGUGGCGACAACCGCCAGCCUCAUUGCCACAGUCCCCGACAUUCUCGUCUGACUCCGAAGAAUCAACACCAGGAUCAGCUACAGGGCCGGAGUUCAAGUUUUCGAAAGGACCUAGUGACGGGAUUUCCAUUGGGGAUGUGGUUCUGUUCCUCGCCAUAGGUGCUCUGAUGACUUUUAUGGGGGAAGGAGGAACUCCUAUCUCGAAGAAUAAUCAAGUUGCCUCUCUUGAAAAGCUGGUUGCCUCUGUCGAGAUUGCCAAGAUUAAAGAAGACGGCGUUGCAUUGACGGCGCACUUCAAGAACAUUGUCCGCACCGUUGAUCCCACCUUGGACGAAAAGAGAUUGGUCCAGGCCCUUGAGUCGACGGAAACCUUCGAAAUAGCUGAAGUUUGCGGUAAAAUCCACCAAAUCGUCAGUGAGGAUGGUUUGGAUAGGCAGAAGAAGGUCUUCGUAGUCUCAACACUACUGUCAAAUUUCCUGGCGUCCAAGCGUGGCCAAUCAAAUGAACCUCCAGAAGAUUGGGUACCAGAGGGACGAGAGACAUCCGCAUAG